CUUGAUCUACUCAGUGCCUUGCCCGCUGAAAAUGGAUGCCACCUUCACCGUCCGCGACCCUUUCCCCACUGGAACUGAUCUUGCCUGGGUUGGCCCCUGGAAACGAGCCAGUCUGUCAUGAAUGACGGGUUUCUUCGGCUCCUGCUCCUUUUAGAUUCUUCAUCGCUCUUUGAUCACAGAUCGCUCUUGGUGUGAUAUUCUGAUCUUUGAGAGGAAUAGAUUUGGCCAAGCCCGGGGAUCACUCACCCGUCGCGGACGAGCUGCAAUGGCCGCUCCUCGUCGGCUGGCAAACCAGGCAGAAGCAUGCUAGUAAAUCACCGAGCAUUUCACGACACUCCCUGAUAUCCAUGCCCGUCUUGCUGAACGGCAGUACUCUCGUGAGGCCAGUAGCCGGGCCUCAGUCACGUUCGAGAGAGUCCUGCCCAACAAUGACUACCAAACGAUGGUGUUGAACUCCAUCAACGUGAGCAUGUGCUACGUGUCCCGGGUCCUUUCUUUUUUCGUCCCUUUGUGGGUUCCGCCCCCUCUCUGGGGGGAGGGGGGGACUUUUCGUUCUUCUCUAGGUAGUCUCCAUGGCAACGUACGCCUGACGCCCCGGCAAAGACUUGCACAUACAGUCGCAAAUAUGGCCAGCACCUCACGGAUAACACUUGCCCUUCUGCGGAGCGGCACAAGCCGGUCGCUGCGACUGCCCGCCACAGCGGCGCCGCUGCCGACAUGCUGCUGCAGCCCAACUUCCUCAUCCAUCUCUGCCCCAUUUUCAACCACAACGCCCACGCCAGCCAAGGCAGUUGCUGGAGGGAAAGCGGGCAAGGGGAAAGCCGCUCCUGCGAGCGGUGCAGAUGAGGCUGCUGCACCAGUGGUGCGCAAGCCGGCUGCUCAGAGCGACGUCAGUGAGUACCCGAUGCCUCCUACCCGCCCUGUAAUCUUCAAGUGGGCUACUCGUUCCCUGACGCUCAUGCUGCACAAUCCCCUUGUCCAUAUUGUCGCUACCCAUAAUCUUUCUACUGAAAGCCUACGAUGCAUCCAAUGACACAUCAUCCGCGCCAGCUGGGACGAUCCUGCACGGCCUGUCAA